AAUGUCUAAUAAUGAUAACGUCUGCUGCGUGAGUGAUGAAGGGUUACUGUAUUUCUGACUUUUUUUCAACAUUUUCGCUACAUAGAUAUGUAACCACCUGAAGCACCAUGGAUAAGAUGAAUCUUUUGAGAUCAGUUUGGUGUUUGCAAUACCACACAUCAAGACGCAUCGGGCAUCAUCAGAAGACCAACCUCAGACAUUACUUGACAAAUACUACUAAAGAACAGUGCGAUAGGAGUGUGCCGUUGCAUUUCAGGAGAUUUCCUGUGAAGGGUGUUCAGAAUGUAGGAGUUUCUCACUUACAUCACUCAUGGUUAUGCAGUCUGACCAGAUUGUCACCAAAAGGCUGUCUGGAAACUCAACCUUCCCAACUGUUUUCCACCUCGUCUAUGCUAUGUGAUGCAUCUAGAAGAAAUGAGCAUAAUGCGAAAGGCAGCAGAGAUACCGAUGAAGCGCUAGCUGCUUCGAAGGAGAGACAUGCAUCAAUUAGAACGUUGCUUGAUGAUGCGAAGACUGACGAGAAGCUCCCUGAUGAAUUUGACUUUGACGGUGAUCUGGAGACUAGUUCUGUUGAUAAGAGACGUCAGUCUGGUAAACCAAGGAUUGAUCCGGCAGAGACUUCCGUGCUUCUAUUCCCUGGUCAAGGCUCUCAGUUCGUUGGAAUGGGAAGAGACCUGCUGAAGUACCCAAAUGUUGAAGACAUGUUCGCUGUCGCUUCAGAAAUUCUUGGGUAUGAUUUACUUUCAUUGUGUGUGAAUGGACCUGUCGAGGAGCUCAAUAGGACUAUACACUGCCAACCUGCCGUCGUAGUCACAUCCUUAGCUGCUGUAGAAAAAUUAAAAGAAGAACAACCAAAGGCAAUAGAGAACUGUGUAGCAGCAGCAGGAUUCAGCGUUGGAGAGUUCGCUGCAUUGGUGUUCGGUGGAUCUAUCUCAUUUGAAGAUGCUAUACACCUGAUCAAGAUACGAGCGGAAUCAAUGCAGCUUGCCUCUGAGGCUGUCUCCAGCGGGAUGAUAUCGGUUGUAGGAGGGAAGAAGGCUAGAUAUAAGUUCAUCUGCAAGGAAGCCGAGAAUUACUGUCGGAAUCAUCAUGGUAUCGCUCAUCCGGUAUGCAAGGUAGCCAACUAUCUUUAUCCAGACGCCAGAGUACUUGCAGGACAUACUGAGACCCUGUCAUUCAUCAAGGACAUGUCCAGGUCGUUCUACCUCCGAGCCAUCAAGCCCAUCCCUGUCAGCGGGGCCUUCCACACUCCCCUCAUGUCAAGCGCCCAAGAACCCAUCUCAAGAGCUCUUGAUGCGGUUGCCAUAGAAACGCCAGUCAUCGGCAUCCACUCCAACGUUGAUGGUAAAGCCUAUGGCAGUCCCAAGCAUGUCCGUAAGCAGCUGAAGAAACAGGUGGUGGAACCGGUCAUGUGGGAACAGACGAUGCAUUGCAUCUAUGAGAGAGAGAAAGGAACGCCGUUUCCGUUCACCUACGAGAUGGGACCAGGGAAUCAGCUGGGAACCAUACUCAAAAGGAACAAUUUGAAGGCAUCUAAUUCCUAUGCGAAUGUAAAAGUGUGAACAAUAGCGGACCGUGACCUGGAGGA